UAACUAUAAUAAGGGCCGACCCAUCCCUUCUCAUUGGGUUUACUUUGCCAUUUCCUCCCCUCAGUGAGUAUUGGAGUUUGCUGGUGACGGUUCACGCCUGCCCGUGUGUCCCCGCCCUGCGGUCCCUCCCUCUCUUUACUCCGCAGGUCCCCGCUGCCAUGGACGGGCGGGGAGGCGGCGGCUGCAGCGCUGCGGGGAUGCGGGGAGUGGAGGCAGCGGCGGCGGCUGCGGAAGAACAACAGCCCCGGGGUGUGGGGAGACGUGGGACCCGGAGCCCGUGUAGCUCAGCAGGGACGCCGGGCACUGGCAAGGGCAGUCCCAAUGGGGAGUGCAGGAGGGAGCUUUCCGAGACGCCGCCCCGGGAGCACAAGGUGUCCUUUUCUAUCGAGCCCCCACGGGGGUCCUCACCCGGCAAGGAGCCUGAAGAUGGGGAUAUCGGGGAGGAUGAAGCCCGUUCUGGGUUUAUGCAGCGCCAGCUUUCCGCUAUGCUCCAGCCCGGGGUCAACAAGUUCUCCCUGCGGAUGUUCGGCAGCCAAAAAGCAGUGGAAAGGGAGCAGGAGAGGGUGAAAUCCGCGGGGGCUUGGAUCAUACACCCCUACAGCGACUUCAGAUUCUAUUGGGACUUCACAAUGCUACUUUUCAUGGUGGGCAAUCUUAUCAUCAUUCCUGUGGGCAUCACUUUCUUUAAAGAAGAGACUACAACUCCAUGGAUCGUGUUUAAUGUGGUGUCGGACACCUUCUUCCUUAUGGACCUGGUUCUAAAUUUCCGAACAGGCAUUGUGAUUGAGGACAACACCGAGAUCGUACUGGACCCACAGAAGAUUAAGCGCAAGUAUCUGCGGACAUGGUUUGUGGUGGACUUUGUAUCUUCAAUUCCUGUGGAUUACAUCUUCCUCAUUGUAGAGAAGGGUAUUGACUCAGAAGUAUAUAAGACAGCAAGAGCAUUAAGAAUUGUGAGAUUCACCAAAAUACUUAGUCUGUUGAGGUUGCUUCGUCUCUCGAGACUCAUUCGAUAUAUACAUCAGUGGGAAGAGAUUUUCCACAUGACCUAUGACCUUGCCAGUGCAGUUAUGCGGAUCUUUAACUUGAUUGCCAUGAUGUUGUUGCUUUGCCAUUGGGAUGGCUGCCUACAGUUCCUUGUUCCCAUGCUCCAAGAUUUCCCAACUAACUGUUGGGUGUCUAUUAACAAGAUGGUGAAUGAUUCAUGGAGUGAACUUUACUCCUUUGCAGUCUUCAAAGCCAUGAGCCACAUGCUAUGUAUUGGCUAUGGGCGCCAAGCUCCCGAAAGCAUGUCAGAUAUUUGGCUUACGAUGCUAAGUAUGAUUGUAGGAGCAACAUGCUAUGCUGUGUUUAUAGGUCAUGCUACAGCUCUCAUCCAAUCUCUGGACUCCUCACGAAGGCAAUAUCAGGAAAAGUACAAGCAGGUGGAGCAGUACAUGUCCUUUCACAAGCUUCCUGCUGACUUUCGCCAAAGGAUUCAUGAUUAUUAUGAGCAUCGUUACCAAGGCAAGAUGUUUGAUGAGGACAGUAUCCUGGGAGAGCUGAAUGAGCCCCUACUCGAGGAGAUAGUCAACUUUAACUGCCGGAAACUGGUUGCAUCCAUGCCACUGUUUGCCAAUGCUGACCCUUCUUUCGUGACUGCCAUGCUGACCAAGUUGAAGUUUGAGGUCUUUCAGCCCACAGAUUACAUUGUUCGUGAGGGGACCAUUGGCAAAAAGAUGUAUUUCAUCCAACAUGGGGUGGUCAGCGUCCUCACCAAGGGCAACAAGGAGGUGAAGCUCUCAGAUGGCUCCUACUUUGGAGAGAUCUGUCUGCUGACACGAGGCCGAAGGACAGCAAGCGUGCGCGCUGACACGUAUUGUCGCCUUUAUUCGCUUUCUGUGGAUAACUUUAAUGAGGUGCUGGAGGAAUAUCCCAUGAUGAGACGUGCAUUCGAGACAGUGGCCAUAGACCGACUAGAUAGGAUUGGAAAGAAAAAUUCUAUCCUAAUGCACAAGGUUCAGCACGACUUGAACUCCGGUGUCUUUAACAAUAAGGAGAAUGAAAUUAUCCAGGAAAUAGUGAAGUAUGAUCGGGAGAUGGUGCAUCAAGCGGAACUGAACCCACUUGCCGGAGGAAUGUAUGCCACAUGCAAUCCACCCUCUCCCCAGCCACAGGUCACCUCUGCCAUAGCCACUCUACAACAGGCUGUGGCUAUGAGCUUCUGUCCCCCAAUGGCCAGCCCAUUAGUGGGAUCACCCCGCAUCAUGAGACGCUUUCAGUAUGCCCAAGGAGGACCCAGUGCUUUCUCUUUGUCUCCAGCCCUUUUCCAACCGUCACUGCAGCAGAUGCAACAUCACCCUCCCCCACAACAGGUUUCCAGACAACCUUCCUCUGUUGUGCCCAGUCCACCAUCACAGUCCCCACGGGUGUCCCAGAACUUUGCCUACCCAGCAAAAGGUCAAACAGGCUCCCAGCUGUCCCUCACCCAUUCUGGGGCCUCUGCUUCCCCUUCUCCACAUAGGCUUUCUGUCCAUAAGAGUACACAUUCUCUGCACUCUGCUACUCUUACCCGUGAGUCUCGUCCACUCUCUGCCUCACAGCCAUCGCUCCCGCAGGGUGCAUCACAGCUGCGUAGUCCACCAGCACCUCCUUUAGUUGCUGGAGGCUUAACCGGCCAAAUGGGCAAGGCAGUGCCUGGUUCUCAAUCUGGGCCAAGGGUCUCUGUCCCAGCACGACUGGCCCUUUCUCAUCAGUUGUCCUCUUCUAGUUCAGUUGGUGGCGUUUCGGACUCUGUAGGUGGAGCUUCACUAGGAGGCAGGAAGGAUUCAGUGGUGAGUGCCCCGGAUACUGAUCCUAUUAGGGGGCGGCUGUCUGCUAACUUGUGACACAAUGCUAAAGAGUAACCUAUCCCUAAACUGCGGGUGCAGUCAGCUGGUGGUGGGUUUUUAGAAGAGGAGGCAGUAGUGCAACUAAGAUGUACCCACCCACCUCCAUACCUGUGCCUCAUUAACCUUUCCACUGCUGGAUCAGGGUAAUGCGAAGUAGUCUUUAGUGGCAGGGAAGGGGCUUACAUGUGCAAUUAACAAUUUUGUUUUGAAUAAAUCCACAACGCAUGCUUCUCCAAAGAUUAUCAGCAGACAGUUGUGUGUAUUAAAAAACAUUCAGAAACAGUGCUGCAAACACAGGCCCAUACCUAGGACUCCCUGCCACUGAUAUAAGCUGGUAACUACAGGGGCCAUAUCAUUGUGCAGACCAUGAUGGCUAUUACCUAUUAAUAAGCUUGUUUUGUGGCUUUAUAGCCCCUCCCCCCCAUCUAAAGGGGCAGUUAAAAGAUGUGCAAAUUUUUGCUAAAAAAAAAGUGCUGCCUUGCCCAAACCGUGUUAUAGCUAGUGUCUGCAUAUGCAAACUGCUGGCGGUUUGCUAGAGUUUAGUUCUCCUGGACUAGGAUGAACCAGUAUCCGUAAUUUAGAUGUUGUAACUCAGUAAACUCUAUGUCUCCUAUCAGCCACAUCUAUUUUUAAAUCAAUUAUUUAAGGUUAAUUUAUAAUUCUGUUGCUUUAAGAGUGUAGUGGUAUUCAGUGUCUGCAAGAAAUAGCCGCUUAGAUUCCCUGGUUUUACAGCAGCUUCCCAGGAAUCCUUUAACAGUCACUAUAAAUCUUUUCUCGUAUUUAUGCGAAUGUACCAACAUGUGGCUCCAAUUGGAUUGUGAAAAGGCAAGGAUUGGAUGCAUCACAACACCUGCAUAAAACAAGACUGGAGGUGACCUAGAUGCUGCAUUCCUAGGAAAGCAAACAAGUAUUUUCCGUUAGCAGAACUUCAGCUGCCAUCAGUUUUGCUUUUUUUUUUACAUUUAUUUACCAUCCCAUGGAUUGUAUUUUAGAAAGCCAUAUUGUGUAUAUCACACAGCUGUAUAUUAUAUAUGUAUAUCUGUAUAAUCUGUACAAUACAUCUUGCUAUAAUGCAGGUAAGGGGGUGGGUGUGUGAACAGCUGUCCAAUAGAUGGAUUUCUGGACUACACCGAAAUGGAACUUGCACACUAAUGCAAAGCACAUUUUUGUCUAUGCUUUGUUGUAGGGUGCAGCUUUAAUUAAUUUCAUAUAGAGGGUAGUCUCAUCUGAGAAGUUACCUAUUUUUUUUUUCAGUAGCAAGGAUAUGUUGUUGGGAGGUUUCAACACUAUGCUGCCAUUUAGCUUGUUGCAAUAAUAGUGCCAACAUUUGCCAUUUACUAAUCAGAAGCUUUUGGUUCAGUUACAAAGGCAGGAAAACCAUUCCCAAUGCCCCCCCCCCAAUUUACAUUUAUGUCAUGAAAGUUUUGGUUUAGAAGUAUAUACAUCUCCCAUUUAUUAUCUGUAAAUGGGACUACUAGGAUUAGUAAAAUAUAAAGCAAUUGCUAGUAAUUAGGUGUUGGAGACCCGCCCCAUUCUCCUACAUGAUAAUUGCUGCCCUUUCUCCUCCGCCCUGAUGCCAGUGCCACUGCCUCAGAAAUGGUAGUGCCACUACUGAAUGUAUUUUGGGGAUAUGGAGGUUCUGGGCUUGUCUGGAGGGGCUUUUCUUUUCAGAAGCUGCACUUUUACCACGCAAAUGAUUCCAGCUUCUCUGUGUGUGCAAUAAACAGAUUAUUUCUGGA